UACUUCUGCUUUCCACAUUAACAUCAGUACUUUUUUGGUUAAGAAGCUAUUGAGUCACUGUGAGUCUCGGUCACUGUCAUUGUUGUAUUUUAGAAAGUUGUAGUCUCUACAGCAUGAACCAGAUUUAUAUCCUUUUAUUGGCCCUUUGGUCAGCCUUCAAUUCCUCUGAUGCAUUGUACUGGAAUUACCCUACAACACCAGCUCAAACCCCCUACUGGAGGAAUGUGUAUUACCAAACGCAGACUCAAGCCCCUUCUUGGAGGAACCCGUAUUACUAUGCAACAACUCAAACCCCCUACUGGAGGAAUGUGUAUUACCAGACACAGACUCAAGCCCCUUCUUGGAGGAACCCUUAUUACUAUGGGAUAACUCAAGCCCCCUCUUGGAGGAAACCGUAUUACUAUGCAAAAACUCAAACCCCCUACAGGAGGAAUGUGUAUUACCAGACGCAGACUCAAGCCCCUUCUUGGAGGAACCCGUAUUACUAUGCAACAACUCAAACUCCCUACUGGAGGAAUGUGUAUUACCAGACGCAAACUCAAGCCCCUUCUUGGAGGAACCCGUAUUACUAUGCAACAACUCAAACCCCCUACUGGAGGAAUGUGUAUUACCAGACACAGACUCAAGCCCCUUCUUGGAGGAACCCUUAUUACUAUGGGAUAACUCAAGCCCCCUCUUGGAGGAAACCGUAUUACUAUGCAAAAACUCAAACCCCCUACAGGAGGAAUGUGUAUUACCAGACGCAGACUCAAGCCCCUUCUUGGAGGAACCCGUAUUACUAUGCAACAACUCAAACUCCCUACUGGAGGAAUGUGUAUUACCAGAGGCGAACUCAAGCCCCUUCUUGGAGGAACCCGUAUUACUAUGCAACAACUCAAACCCCCUACUGGAGGAAUGUGUAUUACCAGACGCAGACUCAAGCCCCUUCUUGGAGGAACCCUUAUUACUAUGGGAUAACUCAAGCCCCUUCUUGGAGGAAACCGUAUUACUAUGCAAAAACUCAAACCCCCUACUGGAGAAAUGUGUAUUACCAGACGCGGACUCAAGCCCCCUAUUGGAGGAACCCGUAUUACUAUGCGACAACUCAAACCCCCUACUGGAGGAAUGUGUAUUACCAGACGCAGACACCAUUUUGGCGCAUUCAGAAUGGACAUCAUUCAGAAGUACCAGUACCAAGUAUUACAGUGUUCAGGCAGAUGGAGGAUAAAGAGCGUGUGAUCGUCAUGUGUUCAUUUGGAAGGAGGCUCGCUGAGAGCUCUUUCCAGCUGUCACUGAAGAGUGAAUACAACUAUGACUUAAAGAACCCACGGUGCUUUUCAAAUGAAGAGUGUGUGUUUGAUGUGAAAGUGAGUCCACCGGUUUCCUUCACCUGUGUACACCAGAUUAAUUCGGUUGUGAACCGUCAGAGUGAGACCUACACAUACAGCCUGUCAGAUUUUGCUGCAGAACCUCAUUAUGAAGGAGUAUCUUCAUUCUACAUUGGCUUUUUCUCCUUCAUUGCUGUUGGUCUCUUCAUCAUGACUGCAGCAGUGAUCGUGAACACCGUUAAGAGCAAAGCUAAAGGUUCAAUUACUACUGGGAAAGAUAAUGUCUAUACUGAUGUAUAAGAGGACAUCCGAGUUUCUGAAGAGAAAAAAUGGAAAACCAAUCAAUUAAUCAUUUCCGAUUGAUCAAAUUAUUUUUGGCAUGCUAAACUGUAAUACUCUCAACAAUGUAAAAUAAUGAUUUGAUAUAUACACAUUUAAUCUAAAUCAUAUUUUAAUCACAAUGUAAAAAAAAAAAAUUACUAUGCUGGUUUAUUCUUGAAAUCAGAUAUUGCAUAUUUGUAAUUUUGAUGAAAUUAUGUGCAAAAUAAAUCAAUACAUUUUAUAUGAAUCAUAUGCAUUUUACAUUAAUAAAUAUUUUGUUCUUCUA